CUACAUCACUGCUCCGUGCGGCUGUGUGUUGAGAGAGCUGCGGUAUCUGUACCGAGUCGGCUGCCUUUAAACCAUCACGUCGGCUUGCGCGUUUUGGAGGAAAAUAAAAUGGAGGAGAGGACAGAAAAUGGUCAAUGAGAGAGAGAGAAUGACGGGCUGAAGCGUGGGUACCUGUGUUAUAUAUCUGAGCGCAGUGACGGAGGAGGUGGCGGUGAAGCAGCGAUAUGAAUAUGAAGAACCAUCCUCGGCGUUGCGAAGGGAAAGAAACUCGGCUAGAAAAUGGCUCUGAAAAAAAGACCGGUUUAAACGACAUUUGGGAUUUAACUAGGACAGAAGCGUAAACAAUGUAUUUAUGCUUUCCAGAAACCGAGAAACAUGUCGUUCUUUACAGUAACAUGCCGGCAAAUCGACCUUCAUCUUCCGGAUAUAAAAGACUGCAGCGUGGCCUGGUUCAAAAAGGAUGGAUUCAUUAUAAGAUGAAGUCUCCUGUCACCUUUUCUCUGUCAUCUUUAGUCCACAUAAAGUAGGAAACAACUUUCAAUAUUCAACAAGACGUUCAAUUCAAGUACAUAUUUUUUUCCCUCCAUUUUUAAUCCAUAUUUCUACAGAUCAAAUGAUCAUCAGGUUUAAAGACUGACAGCUCUACAGAUAUAUCUGAUAUCUUUCACUUAGUUCUUAAAUACAUUUCUAUCAUUGGUGAUCUUUUUGGCACCCAAAUAGAUUUUUGAAGAACACUUGAAGUUCUGACUUCAAGGUCUUUACUGGAAAAGACUUUAAUUCCAACAAUCCAGGAUGAAGGAGGUGUGCCGGGUUUGCGCCCGUGAGCUGUGCGGAAAUCAGCGCCGCUGGAUCUUCCAUCCGGCAGCUCGACUUCAGGUGCUGCUGUCGCACGCUCUGGGUCACGAGCUCCGCCGAGACGGUCGUGGAGAGUUUGUGUGCAGCAAGUGUGCCUUUAUGCUUGAGCGUAUGUAUCGCUUUGACACGGUGGUUGCUCGUGUGGAGGCGCUCUCCAUCGAGCGGCUGCACAAGCUCCUGGUGGAGAAGGACCGGCUACGGCAGUGCAUCAGCGGGAUGUAUCACAAGAACAACAACAACGACCCGACACCUAGGGAGAAAGAUUGCAUGGUGGAUAUGUCGAGUCUUCAUGAUGCCAAAUACUGCGCUCUGGUCGAAGAGGAUUUGAUGUAUUCAGUUUACGAGUCCUGGGCGGAGGAAGAGGAGCAAACGCUGGAGUGUAGCCAUCACCCACAGUGCCAUGGGUCGGACAUGUCUUCGUUCUGGCACCGGGCAAGAAGAUGCCGAGGCUGCAGUGCUCUCCGAGUAGCUGACUCGGACUAUGAAGCUGUGUGCAAGAUUCCCAGAAAGUUGGCACGUAGUACUUCUUGUGGUCCUUCCACACGCUACUCUGAGACUACCAUGACAACAACAGCAUCAAAUACUCUUGUACCAGAGAGUCACCAAACAGCAGGAGCCUCACCUGAUAGCGACAAGACUUUAGAAGGGAGACGAAGCUCCAGCGACUCGGCAGAGUCCCUGACCUCCGCCUUGGGUGCAGCACCCCAUGUAGGGGAGGUCGAAAGAAAUAUUAGGGAAGAGCAGAACUGGGACUCUGUCUCCGAACAGCCCUUGGAACCCAAUAUAGGCCACGCAAGUGCAACUAGAAAGCUGCAACUAGCACUGUGCUUGGUACAAAACUGCAUAUACAAACCUAUUCAAGUCCCCCAUGGAAGUAGGCUGCCUGUUUUAAUCAAACCUGGCUGUGUGGAUACUGGCGUUAAGCUAGGCAACCCAGAUCAAGCCCUGGGGACCCCCACUGAUCAGGCAGUUUCAGCGCUAGAGAUGCCUCCAAGAAUUCGUCUGAGCCUGGCGUUGGAGUUGGUUGAGCUGGCAGAGAUGUGGGAUGAUAUAAAUGUGGAUUACUUGCCUUUCUGCUUGCGGAAGGUAGAAAAGAAGUGUCUGAUUGAAGAGCAGCAGUCUCAGCUGAACCAGUAUGAAUCUGCAGCGGGCCAGUGUGUGAAUGAACUGCAGAAGGCUCAGCUACAGGUUCAGACACUUCAAAAUAAGAUACAGGAGAGUGAAACCAGCAACAAGAAUCUACAGGAAAAGCUGAGCGAAAUGGAGACUGAGCUGCAUUCAAUCAGGCAUGCAGCUCAGAAUCAGGAGAGGACCAUCCAGAGCCUCACUGAAAAUCUUAACACUAAGGAGACAGAGUCACAGGAGUUAUAUCAAGUUAUAGAAGGACAGAAUUCCACCCUGUGUAAGCUUAGAGAAAUGGCCCAUCUCACUCAACUUCAACAUUCACAGAUUGUCGAAGGGGUUGACCUGAAAAGUGAAGUGGUGGCACUGCAAAGCUCUCUCUUCGGCUGCCAGCUGGAGCUGGAGGCCAGUCAGCGAGCACAGAGACAAAGCCAGAGGGUGGCAGAAGACCUGGCACACGCUCGUGACCGCCUGCACAGUGACCUGGAGGCGGCGCUGCAGCACAGAGAGACCACCGAAAAGUAUAACCAGGAUUUGCGCAGCACAGUGCAGCAGCUGCGUUCCGAGCUACAGGUAAAGGAGUCUCAGCUUAAGGAGAGCGAGGCCGAUAAACACGCCGAGGUUUUAGCCCAAAACAAAACCAUCUCAGAGCUGCAGUUUUCGCUAAGGGAGAAAGAGAGAAUUGUGCAGGAGUAUUCAGAGCUGCUGGACCAGCCUGCUGAGACUGGCCGACCCAGAGACGCCCUGCUGGACAAACUAAAGUGUCGUAUUCGUGACCGGGACAAAGCUUUUGAGCGCUCUAUAGAUGAGAAGUUCCGCUGCUUGGAGGAGAAGGAGACAGAGGUGCGCAAGCUGCAGUUAGCGCUUCGGGAGAAAGAGAGAGACCUCGAGAGACUGCGCUGUAUUUUGACCAACAAUGAGGAGACAAUCACGAGUCUGGAUGGACUGAUGCGCAGUAAAGAGCUGGAGUUGGAGCAGACUCAGGAAACGUGUCGGAAGCUGCAGUGGCUCAAACAACAGUGCGACGAGAAGCACGCAGCCGCGCUGCGUGAUAGAGACAACAUCAUCGCACAGCUGCACACUACGCUACACACACGCAGCAAAGAGACCGAGGACCUGACGGCAGCGCUGCUGGCUAAGUUCUCCCCAAGUCCUAAUGAGGUAGUGGAGGAGCUGAAGUCACGUCUGGCCCUGAAAGAGCGCCUCUUCCAGGAGAUGCUGUCUGAGCGCAGCAGACAGACUCAGGAGCACCACACACUAAUUCAGGACCUCCUCAAUACAAUCAGCUCCAGAGACCAGUACAUCAAGGAGAACGGCGAGAGGUUGAGAAAGGUGAUAACCGAGCGGACAAGGCAUCUGCAGGAGAUGCGCAGGCAGCUCUCAUCACGGGAACAGGAGCUGAGUGAUGUGAGACGGGACAGGGAGAGGGAAAGAGAAAGAUGGGCUUCACACGCUAUUGAGAUGGAGAGAUUUCAGAGUAUACUGAGAGAGAAAGAAAGCCUUAUACAGGAUCUGAUGCAGAGUCAGGAAGAGGCACAAGCAACCGCCAGAUCAUCUACACUAAGAUCAAGGGAUAGCAGCUCGGAGCUGGAGAUGCAGGCUGUCAAAGAGGAGCUUCAGAUCGCCCUGAGGAAACACAGAGAGGCAGAGCGAGAGCUUAUGGAGUUAAGAUCUGCUUUGACCAAAAAGCCUGAAAAUCGCAUUAACACAGAUCCCCAGAGUGCUCUGGAGCAGUUGGUGUCAGAGUACCAGCAGCUAAACCAGGCCCUGAGAGCUGAGAAGAAGCUUUACCAAAACCUGAACCAUAUGAAGUCCACAGCAGACAGUGUGGAGAAGACUCAGGCGCUGCACAUGGAGCUUGACACAGUUCAGGCACUGCGCGGACAGCUGGAAGAGGUCCUGAGCAGGACCCGAGACACAGCUCUGGCACUGGACAGAGCAGUUAAGGCCCACGCUGACUAUGGAGAGUUCAGCACAGACGAGGACGAGGACGAGCUCGAUGAUGAUGAAGAUGAAGGCAGUAGCAGUGAAGAAUUCACUGACAGUAUAGAAGAAGAUGUAAAUCUGUCUGCUGAGAGUUUGGCUAGCACAGAGAAUGUUAAGGUGUGUGGAGGGCCAGUGAGCAGGGGGAUAUCCCAGGAGGCCAUGAGCGGAGGAUGGCAAAAUGAGGUGGAGCAGAAGAAGAGAGAAGAAAUAGAGACAGCAGGAGGGAAAAGCCAGAUCAGCCAGGUUGACUGUACCUCAGUGUCUCAAGACAGGUGUACGCCAGCAGACCACAAGCUGGAAAACCACAAGCUGGAACUGAAUGAAAGUGGAUCCAGAUCGGGGCAGGGUUCCGGAUCCGGAUGUGAACUGGGAACUGAAUGUAAAGUAUCUGUGAAGUGCAGAAAGUGGGAGCAAAGUGAAACAGACAGGCUGAACCCCCAUGACCAGCAGCAAACCCAAAUGCUCAUAGAGGAAGAAGAAGGCGAAUAUGAUGAUGAAGAAGAGGUAGAGGAGGAGGAGGAGGAGGACAUGCGGCCCUCUCGAGGCAAGCGUGGCCUCCCAAAUGUGACAUUGAGAGAAGGCGUGGGGAAGAGAAGGUGUAACAGGCCUCACUCUCUGGACCUCGGGGUGCUGCUGGCCCACAAAGAUACGAGCGAAUCUAGAGCGCAGGAGAUUGAGGGAGAAAGUGGUGGUUCUGCAGGGUUCUGGCAGCAUGUCGAGGCGGGACUACGUGAGCAUGCAGAGCGUCUCCGUGGCGACCUUGCCCUGAGCCGCCAGGAAAGCAGAGAGCUCCGCGAGAGACUGAUGGUGUCCGAGGCCACUGUACACGCACAAGCUGACCAGCUCAAGGAGUACAGAGAGCUACUGACGGAGAGUGCAGUGCAGCAGGACAGCAAACAGGUGCAGGUGGAUCUGCAGGAUCUGGGCUAUGAGACCAGUGGGCGAAGUGAGAACGAGGCUGAGAGAGAAGACACCAGUAGCCCUGAGUAUGAUGAUGUGGAGCUGUGCAACUCUCUUCCACGUCCAUCGUAUAGCAGUGUUGGUAAUUCGUGGCAUCAGCUUGGCGACAGCUCCCAGCCGGACGACAUGUUAGUGCAGGACCUGCGUGCACAGCUCUCUCGCUGCCACAAAGUGAUCCGUGGACUGCAGAUCCGUGUGCGUUCACUCUCCACUACCUCCGACUAUGCUUCCAGCCUUGAACGCACACCACGCAAGGUGAACUGGGCCUUCCAAGCAUCUACUGCUAACAGUGGCGUUGAGGAGGAUGAGGGCUGGCAAUCAGACGGGCCAGCUCUUGGACCACUGAAGUCCAACAGGGAGCUACAGGAGCUGAUAUCACGUGUGGCAUCACUGGAGAACCAAAUCAGCAACAGCAAACUGGAAGAAAAAAGAGGGACAGAGGAGGGGAAGAGUGCCACAUGGCCUGGAAAAUACAACACACUGAUCCAGGCUCAAGCUCGGGAGUUGUCACAUUUGCGACAGAGGAUGCGUGAGGGACGAGGAAUUUGCCAUAUCCUUACGCAGCACCUGGGCGACACCACUAAGGCCUUCGAAGAGCUGCUCCGUGCUAACGAUAUCGAUUACUACAUGGGCCAGUGCUUCCGAGAACAACUUUCCCAGAGUUCCUCACUCACACAGAGGAUCAGCAUUAAGCUCAGUGGACGAGAUCGUUCAGAAGUUCAAGAUGACAAAAUGGGCCACGAGCUAUUAGCUUUAAGGCUGAGUAAGGAGCUCCAACAAAAGGACAAGAUUAUCGAGUCUCUCCACACAAAGCUGCAGCAACGCCCUGACACACCCUCCAGCAGCCACGUCCCGUCCGAGACAACAGAUCAAUCUGACCGUACUUCGUUUGUCUCAGAUGAAAGAGCAUCGAUAAAUGAGGACUUGGAACUGUGUUCUGACGUGGAUGCUGUCAGUGAAUAUGUGCAAGAAGAACCAGCUCCUAGAUCAAAUGAUACAGGUUUCAGUUUACCACAUUCACUGAGCAGCUAUCCACUGGUGGGCUCUGCACUACUUGAUCCAUCACAUUACGCCCAGCUCUCUCAUCAUUCCCUACACCAGCCUCAGAAAUCAGAAAGCAGCCUGGUAGGGAGCAAUGCACCAUGGGACAUGGACAACAUGAUUCAGCCAAUCAUAGGAGAACCCGGUUACCAGUCAGGAAACAGCCAUUCAGGUACGGAUUUGAUUGAGGAGCAUUUGAGUGAAAUUCGUACUCUCCGCCAACGUCUGGAGGACUCCAUCAGGACUAAUGAGAGGCUGAGACAGCAGCUGGAGACUCGUCUGGCCAAUGCUGCCAGAGAUGGAGCAGCACCCACAAAUAUCUACAUCCAAGGCUUGGACACUGUCACUCAGCUGUCAAAUGAGAUCCGAGUGCUGAAGGAGGAGAAUCUGAAUCUCCAGUCUCGACUGCAGGCAAGCAGGGACAACAGUGAGGAGGUGGAGCAGUUACGGGAGGUGGUGCUGUCUGGGCGGGCACGGAUGAAACAGGCGGAGUUAGAGGCGGAGCAGUGGAAGGAGGAGCUGAGGAGGCUUCAGACACACACCUGUGAACAGAGUCAGCAGAUUCAGCAGCUACGGCAGGAGAGACAAAGCAACCAGGAGCACAACAACAGGUUGCAGCAUGAGGUGAGUCUGCUCCAGCAGCAGCUCUCUGAAAGCAGGCAGCUGCUGCACUCUCUGCAGUGUGAACUCCAGCUGUACGACAGAGUGUGUGCAGGGAGCAAGGGGACCCCCGCAGGUUACCUAUUUGAGUUGCCGUACUCCUCAGCUCCAGCUGUGGGAGAAUUCAACCAGUUGCUGGUGGAGGUCCGGGCUCUACGGGCCCAGCUAGAGCGCAGUGUCCAGGAGAACAGUGCUCUGAGGAUACAGCUGCAGAAACAGCUGGAACAACAGCUUUCCUCUGCCGGUUUAGAGCCGAGACCUUCAUCUCUCAUGCCAGCCAGUCCUCUGCGGGACGCCUUGUACAGGAGGCAGCUGCUGCAUGAUCCGUCUCCCUCUCCUCCAGUGAGAGAUAUCGGUCCAUUCCCUUCCGGUCCUCUGUGUUCUCCUUAUUCGGAGCUUGAGGACAGCUCACUCACAGCUAACGACACACUGGAGCCCCAUGCAGAUUUGGAGGGUGAUGCCCCGGAUGGUUCAUUCGCUAACCGAAAUGGGCGCCACACCGUCGGGCACGUGGAUGACUUCAAUGCUCUACAGCAGCAAGUUAUGGAGGGCAGAGGGUUGGUGCACAGAAUGGAAGCCACACUGAAUACAUGCCUCAACACUGCACUAAUGGAGGUCAAUCCCGGAAAGGCUCUGGAUUAUGCCAGUGUAAAAAAUCUUUUAGCUAACACCAAGACUCUGAGGCAGAUUCUGGAGGAGGCUGUGUCCCUGCUCAAGAUGUUCUGGAGAGCUGCGCUUCCUAGCACUGACAACCCAGUCCAGUAUCUCCAGAAAGAGCAGUCAAUGAAAGAGGAGAUCCAGUCUCUGCGUAUGAGGAUAGCGGAGCAGGAAGAGGUUCUGCAGAACACCAUACAGAGAUUGAGGAGCACCAGCCGCACUAAAGAGAGCAUGGAGACCUUCAUCGUCAGCCAGCUGUCCAGGACUCGAGAUGUCCUGAAAAAAGCCAGAGCCAAUCUAGAGAAGAACGAGCUCAGGAUUUCUUCUUUAAGCUCCUCCUCUUCCUCCCUUUACCAUGGUAAAGUCCUCUAUGGUGCCUAUCCAGGGUCUUCUAAUGGGGACAGCGUGACCCCUGUGAUCGCCUUAGAAACCUCCAGUCCGAGACUCGCUAAGAAGCGCGCCAGGGAGUGCCUUCACUAGGCGGCGUCCAAAACCAGCCAGGACAACCUCUUCAACCUCUCCGAUCAUCUUUCCUCUUCUUUACCUCUUAUCCCUUCUUUUUCUGCCCUUAUCUUUGCCUUACCUUGAUGAAAAAAAAGGACUCUACAAACUACUAGUUUGCCUUGUGAAUUGUUGCGUGUUUGGGCUGCUAUAAAGAAAAUGUUUAGACGGCGACUUGCAAGCAUUCAGGAGUGUAUUUGCAUCUUAGGGCAGAAACAUAAAACAAAACAAAAAAAAGGAAAAAAUGUAAAUAGGGACCGGUGUGUUCCGAUCGCUCACUACAGGAGCACCUGAAUAGCGAGUGCAGAAGUAGGAUGUUUAUGCAGCUAAGCAUACUGCCAGUAAAUCCCAUUGAGAAAACUCAGGGAUUUGAGGCAAAGAAACAAAAAAGCCACAUUUCACAAACAGGUGAGACACAUCACCAUCCACUGAACUAACCGGUGCCUACAUUAAAGGCUCAAGCAGCCAUCGAUUAAAACGUGCCACGUCUAUGCACAAUAAGCUCCGAGUUGUCUAACAAAGAGCACCGUGCAACAAAACACUUUAGUGGGUGUUAAUGCUUAAGUAUUAUCGUUAUUUUCUGGAACUGACUCACGGUGCCGCCGCCGAUCGCCGCUUUAAACAAGCAUGUGCAAUGCAAUUGUGCCAGCGUUUCACUGACACUGGAACUACGUGUUUUGAUAAUGAUGAAAGACCGUCAGUGCAAUAUUAUGACUUGUAUUCAUACUCCUGUUUUUCUGUAAUACUACUGAAAUUGUUCUUGGACAGUAUUUGCAUGGGGGUGAUGAAAGAAAAAAAAAAAAGAAAGAAAAAAAUCACCUUUGUGUUGUGCUGUAAGGUGAGGUUCGCCAAUGCUUGCCAAAGUUUGAACUCCACCUUAUUCAUGUCAUUAAACAAGGCGUCGAUUUAUUUUUAGUGCCAUCUUAAACAAAAGUGAUAUUUCACACAUGCUUUGAUUGGUAUCAUAUAAUCAUAUUUGAUUUCAUUAAAAAAAAAAAAAUACCUUGUUCCCAAUUGAGUGUGUGAAUUAGGACCAAAUCAUGUUCAGGACACCAUAUUGGACAUCGUAUAGAAGAGAAACCGCUAUUUUUCUGCCUCAAACGCAGGAACAAACUUUGGCAAGGAUCUGGUGGGUCCAUAACUCUGCUACUGAUGCCACAAAUAUAAGUAGCCCAUCACUUUUUGAGGUGUUCCCAAGCUGCUUGAUUGUUUUUUACUUUCAGUGCUGUAUAUAUUUCGCUCUUGUGCCAUUGUGUGCUUCUCUUCAUUAUUUGUUUGCUCUGUAUGCAAUGGUUCAGUAUCUGGGUAGCUGUGCAAUACGUUUAACCGCAGUGUUCAUCCUUUAGCUGGAGCGAAAAUGUGCUAUUACUAGGCUUCUGAGUUGCCAGUAAAGCUCUAAUGUCAACAGUUCCGCUAGUUUAUACAAAGCCACAGGUUUCUAUGCCUGUUGUUAUAAAAUUGAAGAUGUUGCUUUGCUCGUCUUUAAGCCAGAGAGCCAUUAUAGUUUGCUCUCGAAAGGAAAACUCAUACCCUUCUUAGAUUCUGCUUGUUGUUAGUUGUAGAUACUGAAAUAUUCGAAGCAACAAGCCUGGCUGUGUUUGCGCUCAGCAUUGUUCUCGGCGACAAGCCCAGAAGAACUCAUUUCAAAAGUAGAGUAGGAUAAUCAGCCAGAAGGAAGCCUCAUCCUGUGAGAUGUCUUUUGGCGUAAUUUGCUAUAAAGAGGUUUUUGAAGAAUACCAAAGUGAAGCCAUUUUCAAAAAGUGAAAUUUGUAUGGAACUCGAGCGUAAAGCAACGCCUAAGUCUGAAACGAUAUGACGGACGGAUGCUAUAACCGGCCAAGAGAAAUUGACUGUAUUAUGUGUAUAUAAAGGCUGAUUUUGUUGCCAAGGAAACUGUCGUGUUUGUGUAAUGCAAUAAAAAGAUCAUGGAUGCAUUGGAAA